GGAAGUGACAUUGCAGCCAGGAAAGAGGUAGUAUGUUUGGCUAACAUCGCAGUCACAGAGAGGCUGCUGCCAUGGGCCUGCGGCUGACCCGACAGACCAAGUCACCCAUUAUUGUUCAGCCUGCAUGCAGCCAACAGUGAGAGGAUGUAACAAAGGUUACAGGCAGUCUCCUGAGGUUGUCUUUUUGCUGUAGAUUGGAUUGACCUGAACGUCUUAAUCUGCAGAUGCUGAUUGAUGUCCAGACUCUGAUAAUAAGGGAGAUGGAUGUUUAGCGAGAGCGCCUCCUCGUUCUCCUCCAAGUGUUAGAUCUGCUGACAUCAACAAUGUUUUGGAAGUUUGACUUGCACCCAUCCUCUCACCUGGAGGCCUUGUUAGACAAGGAGGAUGUCACCCUCACUGAGCUCAUGGAUGAGGAAGAUGUGCUUCAGGAGUGCAAGGCCCAAAACAGGAGACUCCUCCAGUUCCUCUGCCAGGACCAGUGCAUGCAAGAGCUAGUUGGUUUGAUCACGACAGAGCCCCCUACUGGCGCAGAAGAGACCAAGCGCUUCAAGUAUUCAAACAUAGCAUGUGAGCUGCUGACUUGUGAUGUUGGGGUGAUCAACGAUAAACUUGGUAAUGAGGAGCCUCUGCUGGAGAGUCUGUAUGCCUUCCUGGAGCAACCAUCCCCACUGAACCCUCUGCUGGCCUCCUUCUUCAGCAAGACAAUUGGGAAUUUAAUAGCACGGAAGACUGAGCAGGUGAUUAGUUUCCUGCGAAAAAAGGAGGGAUUCCUUUCAUUGGUCCUGAAGCACAUAGAUACGUCUGCCAUGAUGGAUGUGCUGCUACGCCUCAUCAGCUGUGUGGAGCCACCUCCACUUCGACUAGAGACUCUCACUUGGCUGAAUGAACAGAAACUGGCCCAGAGACUCAUCGAGCUCAUUCACCCUGAGAGAGAUGAAGAGAGACAGACAAAUGCUUCUCAGACUUUGUGCGAUAUCAUUCGUCUCAGCAGAGAUCAGGCCAGUCAACUGCAAGAGAUUUCGCAGCCAGACCCUCUGCUGACAGUUCUGGAAUCCCAGGAGUGUGUGGAGCAGCUGCUACAGAAUAUGUUUUCAGGAGAAAAGACGGAAAGCUGCAUCGUCAGUGGGAUUCAAGUUCUUCUGACUCUGUUGGAAAUCCGUCGGCCAGUGGUGGAUGGUAUAAUGGACGCUCAGGGGUUUGAAAGAAGUUACACUGUUAACAGCAGUAUUUUGUUGGCUAUUCAACCACAUCUGAUACACUUCCACCAGCUGCUCUUGAAGCCACCUAAGCAAGAUCCCAUGCUGACUACUCUUGGUGUGCUGGAGGAACCACUGGGGAACACACGUCUGCAUGUGGCCAGACUCGUGGCCUCUCUGCUUUACACCAGCUCUGCCAGCCAUGCAGUCGUGGCACAGGAGCUCUGCAGGCUUAAUACUAUGGACCUUCUAUUGGACUUGUUCUUUAAGUACACCUGGAACAACUUCCUGCACCUCCAAGUGGAGCUUUGUGUUGCUGCUAUCGUCCGGCCAUGUGCUCAUGAAAUGAGACCGCAGCCUGGAUUUGGCUCCCAGGAUAAAUCCAAGCCCUCUCAAGACACACCCCAAGAGCAGGAUACAAGCGAGGCCCCAAACUCUGACCCUUUAGUCACCUCUGAAAACUCUGCCCACAACUUAAUGGUGACUCAUUUGUUCCAACACUGCCACCUUGUCCAGAGGAUUCUGGAGGCUUGGGAAGAGAAUGAUAAAAUACAGUCGGAGGGUGGCAUGAGAAGAGGGUACAUGGGACAUUUGACCAGGAUUGCCAACACUGUGGUGCACAACCUGGAUAAAGGCCCAGUUCACACUCAGAUCGGUAACCUCAUCUUAGAGCUGCCAGGUGACUACAGGGGGCGCUGGGAAACCUUUGUUGAACAGACACUAUCAGAUACCAAUAGGAAAAACACCAUAGACCUGGUUGGAAGUGGAAACCCUCGAUCUUCUUCAGAGGAUGACAUGGAGAGCCCCUUCCCUAAAGAGCUGACAAUGCAGCAGGCUUUUUCGGACUAUCAGAUCCAGCAGAUGACUGCUAACUUUGUUGAUCAGUUUGGCUUUAAUGAUGACGAGUUUACGGACCAUGAUGACAGCAUUGGUGCAACAUUUGACCGGAUUGCAGAGAUCAACAUCAACAUUGAUGCUGGCCAUGACACUGCUGACACAGCUGUUUUUGAGGCCUGUUCUAAGGAAAGGAUUCAGCCCUUUGAUGAUGAUGAAGAAGACAUAUGGGAGGAAAAUGAAAUCAACUAUGCAACUCAAACAAAGUCCAGAAACAGGUUCGGUGGCUCAACUUCCUCCCAAAGCCAAGUAACCAGUCAGACAUGUGAGAAAAGGACAGCUUCCAGCACUGAGGUUACUGACCGACCUGCAGACUCUGAUUCUGAGGAGGAAGAUAAUAAAGAUGACUUUGAUCCGUUUUCAAGUCAGGGGCAGACAGACGCACCUCCGACUUCUAGCUGGGUUGCAGACUUUGGAGAGGUGAACUCAACAGCUCCUGCGGCCGGAGCAGCAUUUUCUCCCUGGGACACUCCGGUCUCCCAGCCAGCUGCGUCAGAGGCAGAGGAGAAAGGGUGGGCCAAGUUUACAGAUUUUCAGCCUUUCUGUUGUUCUGAAACGGGCCCCAGAUGCAGCUCUCCUGUGGAUUCAGAGCUCAGUGGAUCCGACGGCACCAAACAAAACCCAAACCCUUGUGUUUGGAGCGCUUGUGUGGCAAGAAAAGCUCCACUUGUGGCAUCGGAUAGUUCCUCCUCCAACAGCUCAGACAGUGAUGAAGAAGAAGGAAAGACGGAGUCCACUUCCAGUGAGACCGUCACAACAGAGACCAUUACCACAGGUUCAGGGAAGGAGACUAUCCGGCUGACUGUAGAUGCCAAAAAUGAGAGGGCAGUCUUCACAAGAAUUUUCCGACCUGCGUACAAACGCGAAGCAGAUAAGGUACCCAUAGAUGGACUCUCAAUCAAGGCAAAGGAGAAAGAUGGAGAAAAAGAAAAUGAGAAGAAACAUGGAAACGGUUCCAGCACAGUCGGGGCAGGUCCAACCAACCAGACAGCUGCUGUCCCACAAGAGAUGCAGUCUCCUGCUAACGGACCUGCCUAACAUGGCGGCUAAGUCCAUCUUUCCACCUUUUUGUUCAACCUGCAGCCAUACCCCCCCCCUUCUUUGCUUCCAGUUAGCAGCACCCCAAUGCCCGUUUGUUGUGUCUGAAGACAUGUAAGUGAAUAAAGAUCCUCUGUUCUGAGGUCGAGCAGCUUUAAUGCUGGAAAGCAGGUAUCCACACGAAUAGAAAUCAACGUCUCUUCCGCGCCUCCAUGACAUGAUUACAACUGAGGUGCGCCAAGGCGAAAAUGGUUUUGUAGAGCAUUUCAUUGUGCCAGACAGCCCAAUUUAACUUGUUUUAAUUUCAGGAUCUCAGAUUAAUUGGGUCUUUUUUUUAUCUAGCACAGGAUGUGACUGUUUACACUUUAGUAAUGAGAGCUGCAUUGUAAUAUUCAGCCAGGAUGCUUGGCUAGUUGCCAUUUUCAUCACCACUGACGUUAGCCAACCAUGCGCAGACAUUUUAUUCUAAGAAAUGUAAGCGAUAAUUAUUUGUAUUUGCUGCUUUAAUUAUUCUCAGUCUGUUUUCAUUUGCUGUAAUCACUGGGAAAGAAAUGUUUGCACUUAGACUAUUUGAUUUUGAGAGAACCGUGUUUCACUUCUGAAAGUUAAUAUGUAGAAAUGUGUGAGUGUGGCUGUGUGUGUGCGCGCUUCACAUACAUGUGUUUGUAGACAUGUGUUUCUGUGUGUCGAGCUCUGUCUGCGUUGCAGAGUGUUAUUCUCAGGUUUAAGGAGAGGUAAGAAGAUACAAAGAAAGCACACCUGUGUAACACACACUUACACACAGUUCCAUACACACAUGUAUAAAACCACCAUAUCCACAAACACAUGCACAAAAAAAAUAUUAAAUGGAAAGCAAAACAGGAAAAGAACACAUGGUGAUGAUGUGCACAUACCCGUUCAUACCGCCCCUCAGAGGUGUUUCCGUGUAAUAUUGUGAAUUUUUGAACCUGUAUUAGGUUGUGGCUAUUCUUGGUAAUAUGUAAACGUAACAUCAAUGUAAACAUUAUAUAUAAACAUUAUUAUAUCUAUUUUUGGAAUAAAUCCGAUUUGUUGAAAUGAGCUCGUUUUGCAGGAUGCGGUGUGCGCGAGUGUAUUUAUGUAUGCGUGUUCUGUUGAAAGGCAAUAAUAGCGUCUGUUUCUUCCAUUAACGGGCCAGCAUCAGUUCCUGUUUCUUUGCUACUUGCUUCCUAUAUGGAAGUAUAGGACGGAGCAUGAUGUGAAUGCAUGUCAGUAGACUGGAGGAUGUCUUCCGCAAAUAAGAGUCUCUUAUAUAAGAUGAUUCUGGUUCACUGCAACUCAAGUUGUUUUACCUUAAAAGAUUAAUUCUGAUUGUAAGAAGGGAGUUAUACAGUACUGCCUGACCAACUGUCAGACUCUGUUUAGCCAUUUUAUACCAAAUUUGUUUCCAAAUAUUGCCUUCUGUGGCCAGACAGUUGCUACCUAUAGGGAAAGGUUUCAUUCCAGCUUAAUUUAUUGAGGAUUGAAAUAUUUUUUCUGUAUUAUAUUCAUGGUUUAAGGUGAAAAAAGGAUGAAUAAUGAUAUCCUUUAUAAUUUAGUUUUAUUUUGCUUCACGGUUUUGUCACCUUCUAUCUUAUUUAACAAUAAAUUGGAAUAUAAAGUGUUAAAAAAAUGUACAGUUAAAUGGAACUAUUGGGCAUUUUUGGAAUACUUAUCUUCAUAUUUCUUCAAAAAAAAAUGGCAAAAACAGAAAAUGUGUUGAACUUUUUUGGUAUAAUACAUAAUCUGUUUGCAGGGAUGGAAAAAAUGUUUGCCAAGUAAAAUGGGGAUUGGAAAUUAACCAAAAUGAAACAUAAAGAUA